AUGGUGUUUUCUCUGCUCAAAUUUUUGAAACCGAAGAAAAGGUGAGUACAGGCCAAAAAUAACUUCAAUUUGGCGCUUAAAGAGUUCAAUUUUUGUCGCUUUUCUUUUGAAGAUUGUAGUGUAAUCCCUAAUGUAAAUUUGUUGUUGCAUUGUCAAGCCGAAGGGACGAGUAUACAUUUUACUUUUUCUUGUAUGAAGAAGCUGCGGCACGUGUUGGCAAUGAGAUUUUGAAGCUGCUUGCUAAAAAUUGAAAUCCGUAUUUUCUAAAAAUAAGAAUUACUUUUUUGAAUUUUGAGUUUUUAACUCGCGCUUUGCAGAAACAUCAAAAAUUUAGUGAAAAUUCGACACUCAAAUUUCAAUGAAACUUGGGGACAAAUUUUUUCUAAAACGUAUGCGAGAUUUCUAGCCUGCGAUUUACAGAAACAACCAAGGUUUUUAGUCCAAAAGUUGGCCAAAAUGUGACAAUUUUUUUGCGAAUUUUAGCAUAAAAAAUAUCAUGCCUAUUUCUACCGUAGAGAGUAAUAUUUCCACAAAAAAUCAGUUUUUUCCGCACCAAAUCAGCAGAGCUACAGCCAAAAAGUGUUUUCUCAGUCUCCGCAUUUCGCGUACUCUCUCGGCCGCAAAGAUCGUUGAAUAUCUCGACUUAUUUUGCAAGGCACAAGCUAAGAUUUUUAGAGAUUGAUAUGUGGCCUAUGACCGAGUUGUAGGAGAAAUUUAAAGAAAAUCCAAGCGUCGCACUUCGAGGAGUGUGCGUUGAAAUUCCUCGAAAUUUCUUUCAAAACUUUUCUGUCUAUUGGGAAAUUUUUGACUCACAAAACAGCUGAUAUGUGGAACUAAUGAAACGGGGACUUUAAUCAGACUUUUUUAUCACGAUUUUGUCCAAAGUCGACUGUUCAGUUCAGCAUGUGAUCCCAACUUGAUGAAUGGUUUAGUAACCAGUCUGUGUGCUUCAAAAAAGUGGGAACAGCUCCAAGUGCGACACUCAGAUUUUGAUCAAACUUGGGGCAAAUUUAGAAUAAUUUUCGCUAAUACAUAUGCCAGAUUUUUAGCUCGCACUUUGCAGAAACGACCGAGAUUUUUUGGUCGAAAAUCGUCGAAAAUUUGACACUUUUUUGCGAAUUUUGGUAUGAAAAGUUUUAUGGUUAUUUCUACUGUAGAGAGUGAUGUUUCCACAAAAAAUUAUUUUUUUCCGCGCGAAACUGGCAAAGAUACGGCCAAAAAACUUUUUUCUCUCUGACCGCUCUCCGCAUUUCCCGCACUCUCUCGGCGGCAAAGAUCGCCAUCCUUUUCGUAUACUCUAAGUUUUGACUGUCCAUUGUUCCAUUCCCUAUCAGUCGCCAAACACUUUAUCACCAAAUUCCAAGGCCAUCCGCUGUUUACAAACAAGGUUUAGAGAGUUCUGUCAAUUUCUUAUUCACCCUCCCUUCUUUUCGGUGGUUUUUUUCGCUAAUUCAUUGUAUUUUGAACCCUCUACCUUUUCCGUCGUCAUAUUUGAAAGAAAACGGAGACAGACCACAUGUGAAACGUCUCAUGUGCGACGCUCAGAUUUUGAGGGAACUUGGCAAAAAUUUGGCAAAAAUGUGAAAAAUUUUUUUGCGAAUUUUGCCAUGAAAAGUUUGAUGAUUAUUCCUACCGUAGAGAGUGAUGUUUCCACAAAAAAUCAAUUUUUUCCACACGAAACUGGCAAAGAUACGACCAAAAAGUGUUUUUCUCUCUGACCGCUCUCCGCAUUUCGAGCACUCUCUCUCUCUCUCUCGACAGCAAAAAUAAAAUCUUGAGAAAACGGAAUUUUAUUUUGGUGUUGAAAACGCUCGGAGAUUUCAAAAUUUUUCAUAUUUUUUCCGGUUUCAUAACCCAUGUUUUUGUUUAUUCGUACGAACCUUUUUCAUCUUUGACGCCAAAAUAAAGUUUUGGAGCCAAUCCAUAAAAGUGCGGACGGCUGAAAACCCCGAAAAUAAGCGGUCUAACAGCGGUGACUUUACUUACUUUACAUUUUUUUGUUUUUCGUCGUACUUUUCACACUUUUUUUAUGGUUUUUACAAGAGGAUUCUCCCCACGUGCGACGCUCAGAUUUUUUUCAAAUUUUGCAUACACUUUUUGCAUAAGCUAAGCAUCAAUUCCUGAAAGAUUUAGCUCCCGCUUUGCAAGGGCAGCUGAGAUAUUCAACAAUCUUUGCUGCCGAGAGAGUACGCGAAGUCCGGAGACCGGUCAGAGAAAAGACAUUUUUUUGGCCGUAUCUUUGCCAGUUUCACGGGGAAAAAAUUAAUUUUUUGUGGAAAUAUUACCCUCUACAGUAGAAAUAACCAUCCAACUUUUCAUGACAAAAUUCGCAAAAAAAAUUCUCCCGUUUUUUUCAAAUUUCGGCCUAAAAAUCUCGGUUGUUUCUGCAGAGCGCGAACUGUAGAUAUCUCCCGUAUAUCUUCGAAAAAGUUAUUCUUAAUUUGUCACCAAGUUUCAUCAAAAUCUGAGCGAGACAGGCAAAAGUGUUUUUCUCUCUGACCGCUCUCCACAUUUUGCGUACUCUCUCGCCGGCAAAGUUCGUUGAAUAUCUCGGCUGUGCUUUCAAAGCGUGAGCUAAACUUUUUAUGGUUUGUUUGUCAAAUUUUUUCUCAAUUUUGUUGUAUUUUCAAACAUCAAAGUACCAUCAAAAUUGUAAAUUAUCAUUGACAGACCAUGUUUUAUGGUUUCUUUUUGCAAAAAGCUAAUUAAUUCUCUAUUCUACGUGCAAUUUUCAUUUACAAAAUAACCUUUAUGAACUUCUUCGUAUUUUACAGAAAAAAUUUUGUCAACUUUUUGACUUUUUAAUCCUUUUUUUGGCCUGAUAUUGUAGUAGACACACCAAAAAAACUUUUGGCCGACAUCGAAAAACCAUAAGCAGAGAGAAGGGGAAUAAAUUAGCCAAGUCUUGUUUGCACUUUUGCCCUUUUUUAUGCCCCUUUUUGAACUCCGAAAUGGCCCGCUUUUGGCGCCAAAACUUCGCGCAUUUCCUUUUGUCGGAAACUUUCGAAAACGAGCCAAAAACCAAACUUUUCUCUUUGGAUUUGACUCGUUUUUUCUCUUCCAUUUUGACUGUAGUCCAUGUGCUGUCUAAGGAUACAAAAAUUAUCCCAAUUUCCCCACGUCAUCAAUUCAAAAAUUCGCGAUUAAAUUUCAAACAUCAUGAAUAAUAUCAUUUUUUGCAAUUUUCUGUUUGCAAAACGUUUGAUGAUGCAUUGCAAAUUUAUGUACUCAUCAAAUUUCAAAUUUAUUUGCUUUUUUAAUGAGAAAAACCCUCAAAAAAUUAAGGUUUUUAUAAGUCAUCAAUUUUGAGAGAGUAACUAGAAGAGAUCUUGUUGUAAUACUGCCAAAAAGUCCGUGAAGACAAGAAGAAUUGGCGAAAUGGAGAAGCUACGGCUUUUUUCGUCUCUUCGGUCCGGUUUUUUUGCGCUCCAGACGUCGAACCACGGGGUCUGUUCAGGUGAUAUUUUACUUGGUGUCUUGGCCAAAUUUUUGUCAAAAGCUUUUGACUUCGCUGUUUAUUAUCCGUUUAGUUAAUCUAAUUAGCGAGAUUACAGCUUAUUGAGUCCGGCUUUUCAAUUUUAAGGAGAUUACGGCGAAAAAAGUUUAUAAUCCGACCAUUUUUUAUAUUAUCCUUGGACCUUCAACUGAAAUCUUUUAUUUCAAAAGGUUUUCUCAGUCAAAAUUUUGAUUAGACUAUUAUAAUUGCUUGUAAUUGAUCGAAAUAGCCUUUUUGAUUUCUUGAAUUCAAAUUUGAGUCAUCAUAGAGUCAUUGUUGACCCAUCGGAACACUUGACUCGGUGAGUCAUCUCUUCCUUUUUUCAUGAAUUUCUCUAGCUCUCUACGAAAACGCUUUGAUUUUGAUGGUCCGUAUUUCAAAAGGUCGAAACAUACGUCUCCUAACCGUUCUCGAUCAUUUCCCAACUUUUAUCAGUCUUGUACCAAUUACAAUUCUUGUCAGCGGUACAGGUGACCCGUUUCCGACUUUGGGGUCAAGUCUCGCCCCGAAUGCGUCCUUCAUUUCUUUUUCGCCCUCUUUCGCGAUCACUCCACACCGGUCGGAGUCAGACGUCUGUCUCUCUCUGCGAUUCACGACGCCACGCUAUCUCCCCCCAGCCAGACGCUUUGUCCCAGAGAGAGCAGCCGCGGAAUGUCUAGUAUAAUAUAAAAAAAAAUUUUUUAACGACGUUUGAAGGAAUUGUCGAGUGGAAAGCUUCUUUGGUUCGGGACGGAUUGAACGUAUUUUUUGGAUUCUAGAGGCAGAUCAUUCAGAGUUUUAUCGAUUUUCGCCUUUUUGUUCGCCAAGUCGGGAGUCUAACGAAAUUUUGAUAUUACACCUUGAUCUUAGAUCGAGUCAUGCGGGCCUUUUGAGAGAUUACUUCGUUUAGCUCUCUUGAAAAUAAAAUGUCUUUGUAGUAAAAAUUCGCCUGAAAUUUUAUGUUAUUUAUAUUUUUGUGGAGAUCAACUGCUCUAAAACAAUGUUGUCUUUUUCUUUGAUUUUUUCGUAGUCUAGGCACUCCGAAUCUUUGUUUUGAAGAUCGCUUGAUCCCAUAGAAUCUGACGCCACUCAACUAAAAGUCAAAAUCCGAAAAUUUAAAGUCGAAUUCACUAAAAAAAUUGGACAUGAUCUGAUAGCGCCACUUUUUUCUUUUGAUAAGACUUCCAUCUCCAGUUUUUUAAUGUUUUUUUUGUUAUUUAUGAUCUCCGUUUCAGUACACAACCAGCUGGACUUCGACGCUUCCAUCGAGUCCUUCAGGUGGAAGAAAAGUCUGAGCACAAAAAGCUCGAAGACUACGAUCCGUUCCAAUUGAGCGACGUGGAAAUUGAGGUGGGUUCGGUUUGAUUUAUUGAUUUCUCGACGUUUAGGCGGUUAGACAAUCAAGGUUAGACCGUUGUGCUUCUGCUGCACUCAAAAUUCGAAUUCCUUUCUAGUUUUUUUCGCCCUUUCCCAGCUGUUUUUUCGAGGUCACUUCGGCGGUCAUGUGGAAUAUUUUUUUUCAGAGCCCGGAAUCCAGCGCCGAUUCGCAGCAGCCCUCGAGUUCGAGUUCGGCGGACCCGCACGAAGACCAGAUCCUUCCUUUGCGACUGCGUGACGCGCCCGGCAAACGUCUGAAGAGCCGCACACGUCCACUUCCGCGCAACAACCGUUUCGCCGCCCUUCAGUCGGAAGCCGAGCCCGAAGAAGAGCCGGACGUUCUCGACGACUCGGAUUAUUCGGACUCUGAGAUCAGCGACGAAGAAGAGACAAUGGGAACAGUGUUUGAGAUCGAAUUGAACGAUGCCGUGCCCAUCAAUCGGCACGACGACGAUGAAGAUGAGGACAUGGAGGAGGACAAUGAAUAUUUGGAUGUAGCGGAUGUAUGUUUGCCCGUUUCUUGAUGAAUAUUAUGUUUAGGGUGCGAUUACCGAGCCUCCACCAAGCUCCUCAUACAUUGACGAUCCAGCGGUCGAAGCAAUUGAGCUCGAUCCGUCAGCUGUUAAUCCCAAUUACAAGGUCCAGCCAGAAGACUUCCAAUGCCUCAAGGUCCUUGGAAAAGGUGGCUACGGCAAGGUGAGACCUUAUUCUUUGUUUUCUUUGAUUUUUAGGUCGCUCAUUCAGCUUUGACAACAUCAGUUUAUCAUCCAUAUUGUUUUAGGUUUUCCAAGUCCGCAAAGUGACUGGCCACGACACGGGCAAGAUUUUUGCCAUGAAGGUCCUCAAGAAGGCCCAUGUAGUCCGAAAUCAAAAGGAUACCGCCCAUACCAAAGCUGAAAGAAAUAUUUUGGAGGCGGUCAAAAACCCCUUCAUCUGCGACUUGAUGUAUGCCUUCCAAACCAAGGGGAAAUUGUAUCUGAUCUUGGAAUAUCUGAGCGGAGGAGAGCUGUUCAUGCAUCUGGAGAGGGAGGGCAUCUUCUUGGAGGACACGGCCGCGUUUUAUUUGGCCGAAAUUGUAGUAGCAUUGGAGCAUCUCCAUCAACAAGGAAUCAUCUACAGAGACUUGAAACCAGAGAAUAUUUUGUUGGAUGCUAGUGGUAAGUAGAUUUCAAGGGGUGACAGAGAAAUUGAGGUGGAAUUUUGACAAAAUUUGAGAAUUUUUAUAUUGUAGGAGGUCUGUUGGGGAAAAAUUAAAUUUUUUUGAAUUUUUGGGUUUGAUAUCAACUUUUUCGGAUUUAUAAUGAAAGAAUAUGUGUUGUGGAACAUUCUCUAUAUGAAAAUUUUCUUUCAGGCCAUGUAAAAUUGACCGAUUUUGGCCUGUGCAAGGAAGCCAUCGAGGGCGACCAAAAAACCCACACAUUCUGCGGAACCAUCGAAUAUAUGGCUCCAGAAGUCCUGAUCAGAUGUGGUCAUGGCCGUGCCGUGGAUUGGUGGUCCCUCGGCGCCUUGACCUUCGACAUGCUGACCGGCGGACCCCCAUUUACCGCCGAUAACAGAAAGAAGACCAUAGAUAAGAUCCUGAAGGCUCGCCUGACUCUCCCACCCUACCUGAGUCCCGAAGCGAGGGACUUGGUGAAGCGGCUACUUCGAAGGAACGCCGAGACGAGAUUAGGAGCCAGCGCGGACGACGCCAAGGAGAUCAAGGCACAUCCUUUCUUUAGACAUCUGGAUUGGCAGAUGGUCUAUAGAAGAGAGGUAAGGCCUCUUGAAAUUGGAUUGAUUAGGAGUGAAAUUGAAUUUGAGGUCUAGAAAAUACAGUAGGCCGACUUGAAACCAGUUUUGGAAGACUUUAUUUGACAAGGAAAGCACUUCUAUGGGGUGUGGAGUUACAGGUCGAGACAUGUAUCAAAAAAUCGCAAAAUUUUUUUGACUCUGAAUAUAUAAAAAUUAGCUGCCCAAUUUUGGUUUGUAAGGGCGAAAAAAAUCCUCAGAACUUUUCUCGCAACAUCACGCAAAUGCCCCUUUUUUACAUUGAAACUACUAAUUAAGGUGUAGUAUUAAUCAAAUUUGAUAUUUUAAAGCUUGUAAAGAUGCCAGGGUUUACUUUAGCUCAAGACAAAGCUUUUGAAUUGGUAAAAACUUGGUAAAAAGGAGAAAAAAAACUUUGUUUUGAGCAAUAGUAAACCCUGACAUCUUGACAAGCCUUAAAAUAUCAAAUUUGAUUAAUGCUACACCUUAAUUAGUAGUUCCAACGUAAAAAAGGGGCAUUUGCAUGACGUUGCGAGAAAAGUGCUGAUGAUUUUUUCGCCCUUACAAACCAAAGUUGGGCAGCUAACUUUUACAUAUUCUGAAUCAGAAAAAUUUUACGAUUUUUUGAUGUAUGUCUCGACCUGUGGCUCCAAACCCCAUAGAAGUACUUUCCUUUUAAAAUUUGGCGAAAAUUUGCCUAGUGUAAUAUAAAAAAAUGUAAAUAAUUCGCUUGUUUUUUCAGCUUGAUCCUCCAUUCAAACCGGAAAUCAAAUCCGAUGACGACACAUCCCUAUUCGACACCAAAUUUACCAAGAUGACACCAGUAGACUCGCCCUGUGAGGCCUCGAUCCCAAUGAGUAUUAAUCCGUUCGAGGGCUUCACUUAUGUCGCCCCAUCCAUCUUGAAAGAGUACAUGCAACAGGAGGCAGAAGUGCCAACGGUUCGACCAAGGUCACCGAGACGUCACAUGCAUGUAUCUACAGCGUGAGUUUUUGAAGUUUGGAAUUUUGGGAGUUGAAGAGAAAUUUUGAGAUUUUUUGUAUAAAAUGAGGUCUUUACUGGGGAUAAGGGGUUUUUUAAGGGACUUAGGGCCCUUUAAUGCCUUAAUAAAAGUUUGUGGGCUGUUGUCUCAACAAUUUUUUUUGGUCGAAAAAAAAAUUUUUGGGAGUUUUUAUAAAAAUUUGGGCCAAAAAUGAAGUACAGCGAAGGGCCUGAUUCAGUGGCAAAAAAAGUACCAUUUUGCAUCCAGGAAGCAUCAAAAAUGUGGCAAAAUGCUUUUCUCUCCAAGUGAAAAAAACUUCGUUUUGAAGGGCGCCCUCACGAAAAAAGCUUGCGCGCUUUUGAAAUCGGAGUUUUUUUACUUGGAGAUGGAAGCGUUUUGCCACAUUUUUGAUACUUCCCGGAUGCAAAAUGGUACGUUUUUUUUGCCACUGGAUCAGGUCCCCCACUUGCAAUCUUUUUUUGAUGAAGAAUUUUUUGAUCUUUGUCACUGAUUGACCUCUAAAUUUUCAGCCAGAGCAGCUUCGCCCACAACCAACAACGGCCGGGCCCCUCGACAGCGACGCUGUUCGCUUCGGCGUCCAGCCAAAACCUGCAGAGCCAACUGGCCGGCUCGGAGCCGAUGGACAUCUCCAACAACAGUAAAGACCCAUUCCGCCGAUAUUAA